AUGAGAUUGUCCCGUACUCUUCACGGAUUGCCAAAAAAGACAAAAUCUCCAUUUACAUUGAAUGUUAUCGAUAAAAACGGAAGUCCCGUUGAAUAUUAUGAAGUUGGGGAGAAAUAUUUGGUUCGUGUCACAGGUUUCGUCCAUUGGAGGGGUCUCAUUUUUCAGCCACGACUUGCUCAUUCUACUGGAAAUCUAAUCGGAUCACUUCGUGGAGGACAUUUUGAGCCGACUCGAGAUUGGGACGAAUUUGUCUUUUGGGUAGCCGAUCGAGAUGUGGGACCCGUGCAAUUCAUGUUAACCCUCGCCUCGGAGAAUGAUAUGUAUUGGGAAAGAUGGAGACCAAGAAAUGGAUUCAUUUUGCCGAUUCAAGAAAGGGAAAACGUAAAGAAAGAAAUCGAUGAACGACUCUUCAACGAUCAAAAUGCGGAACAAGAAACAGAUGAUUUGAAAUCGCUUGAUGCUCCUCAAUUUCCACCGAUUUUAAGUGAACAAAUGAACGCGAGAAUUGAAAGGAAUUCGAGUGAUUUUCAAGAAGAAAUCAGAAAAUGGGAUCUCGGAUCGAUUGAUGAGAAUGGAAAUCAAAAUCAAAAUCAAAAAUUCGAUGCUUUUUCAUCAAAAGUUGCAAAUCGUGAAGAGGAUGAUCAGAAGUUGCAUCGAGUCACCGCACCGGCAUGGUUUCAAUUGAAAUCAGAUUGUAAACAAGUUGGCUGUGAAAACGGUGGAAAUUGCAUUGAAUAUGUGAAUUUUGGUCGAUGCAAUUGCACAAUCGGCUUCACUGGAGAUCGGUGUCAAGAGAUCGAUUAUUGUUCAUCUGAGCCAUGUCAAAAUGGAGUCUGUUUGAAUGAUCCGAAUCGUAAAACAUUUCUCUGUAAAUGCGAUGAUAAUUUUGUUGGAACAAAAUGUGAAACUAAAUGUCCGGAGAAUUUUUGUAAACAAGGCGGUAAAUGUUUGGAAUCAUCGAGCGGGAAAUUGAGAUGUGAAUGUCCAAAAGGAAUCAUUGGAGAGAAUUGUGAAAGAGAGAUAAAUGAAUGCAAUUGGUUGCGAUGUGUUCAUUCGAAGGAAUGUAUUGACAUGCUUGAUGAUUAUAAAUGUGUUUGCAAUGAUGGAUGGAUGGGUAAAAAUUGUGAUCGGCCAUGUCAAGACGUUUAUGGAACUUGUCGAAUUUGGGAAAGAGAUGGAGAAUGUCAAAGAAUUGCUGAAACUGAUUUCUUCGAGUAUAAUUGUGCGGUCACUUGCAAGCAAUGUGUCUACAAAAAUGAGACAAUUAAAACCGAUCGCCCUAUUCCGCAUAUUUUGUUGCCAUUGACGUGGUUGUUGGGGAAAUGGCAUGUUCGAGUUAAAGGCAAAAGCGAUCUGCCGUUUGAUUUCAAAGAAACCGGAUACGAGGAAACGGUGACAUUUUCCGUUUCGGAAGGACUCGUCUUUGGUACUCCAGCUAUCAAUUACACAAGUGUGGCUGUAAGCCUUGUCGACCCAUUGGAUCAACAUAUCUCAAAUGGAUUUCUCACAAUUCAACAAUAUCCCGAUGAUCUUAUUGUGAGGAAAGCCGCUCUCUUGACAACGACAAAUUUGGGAUAUCAUUCAAUUGAAGAAGGGAUCCUUGAAAAUGAUGAGAACAAUCCCGAUUUUCAUCGAAUUCAAUUCAGAGCUCGCUACUUAGGAUUGUAUCCAGAAAUUGAGGAAAAAUGGCCAGACAAGAUGAAGCGAACUUUUGAGAGAAAAGGCAAAAAAUUAUAUCAACGAAUCGCGAAAGUUCGCGGAUCGAAGGGGAAAAAAUUCACAAAGAUUUACACAAAAAUUGAAGAGUUUCUUUUU